CAAUCAUUUAAAAAUGUCAGCAAAAGAAUAUGAAGCAGAAGACGAUUUGCUAGGAUCUAUUCUAAGAAGUAAUAUUUUUAGUUAAGUUAGAUGAUGAUUACGAAGAAGUUUUUUCCAAUAAUAACAGUCCUUUAUGUAAUUAAGGAUUUGAGAGUGAUAGCAUUAUAGAGAAUGUAAAAUUGUUAUUGAAAUAAAUUAGGUUUCAUUAUCUGAAAAACAUUAUUUCGAUAGUUUUAAUAGAUCCUUCGAACAUAUGUCCUUAGGAUCUGAUUAAGCCUAAAGUCCAAUGUCUACAAAAGCAAUAUAUCCUUAGUAUCCACAUAAUAAUGUGAAAUUAUUAAGAUAAGAAGACAGAUAGAGUGUAUCGAUCAGUUUUGAUGGACAUUCAUUUUCUACUUAAGAAAGUUCAAUAAAUUAUAGAAAAAAUGGAAAUGAACAUCUUGGAUAUUAAAAUAAAUAUCAUAAUAAAUUUGUUGAUUAUUAAGUACCAUAUUCUCCAGGAGUGAUUAGACCAUAUGGAAUUUAUUAAACUGUAUAUAAUUAUUAAUAACCAUAGAAUGGAUUAAGUUUUAAUGGAUAUUAAUAAGAGAGAUUACCUCUACAUGAUAUAAAUGAUGAUAUGUAAUUGACAAAUGAUCUUGUAACAUUAUUUUUAUAUAUUUUUAUAUAGGAUAAUAUGUGUGGAAAUCAAUUAUUGUCUAGAAAAGUAUAAAAAAUAUUUGAACAUGGAAAACCUGAUCAAAAGGAAUUAAUUUUUAAUAAAGUUGAAAGAUCAUGUGUUUAAUUUUCAAAAGAUGUUUUUGGAAAUUAUGUUAUGUAAAAAAUAUUCGAAAAAGGUAUUUACAUUAUAUUAUAACAUAUUUCAGGAAAUCCAAUUCAAUAAUUAAGAUUAUUCAAUAAAAUUAGACCACAUGCUUAUGAGUUAUCUAAAAAUAAUUUUGGAUGUAGAGUUAUCUAAAAGGUUAUUGAAAUUAUUUCAAAUAAUGACAAUUUACAAAACUAAUUUAUUGAUUCAAUUAAACAUUAAAUUAAAUCAUUACUAUAUGAUUCAAGUGGCAAUUAUGUGAUUCUCAAAUGUUUAGAAGUUUUGUAGAAAGACAAAAUCGAAUUCUUUUUAUAACCAAUAGAAGAUUCUACAUUAUUUUUAUGUUCAUCUCAAUAUGGAUGUAAAAUAUUAUUAAAAACUCUUGAAUUGUUUUCUUCAAUUCAAACUGAUAAGAUAAUGAAAACAUGUUUAUCACAUUAAUAAAAUCUUUGUUAACAAGAAUUUGGUAAUCAUAUCUUGUAAUUUGCAAUAAAAAAUUCCCUUUAUCAACCUUUCGUUGUUAAUUUUGUACUCUCUAAUUUUGAAAAAUUAUGUUUAAACAAAUAUGCUAGUAAUACAGUAGAAAAGGUUGUUGAGGCAUCUACUAAUGAAGUAAAAUAGUAAAUUAUCUCUAUUCUUAUUUCUAAGUCAUAAAUAAAUGGAUUGUAUUAUUUUUAUAUAUAUUUAUUAGUAAUACAUUUGUAAACCUAUCCGUCAAUCCAUUUGGAAAUUAUGUUAUGAAGAAAAUGAUCAUUAUGUCAAAUCAUAAUAUUUUGUAACCUUUGAUAGACAUUUUGAGAUAAGAUUAAUAUCUGAUUACAGCAAUAAGAUCCUCUGAUUUUGGCUAAAGAAUCUUUUAGCUAAUCGAAAAGACCUUAUUAAUGUGCAAAUCAUGAAUAUAAUGAGAUUAUGAUGACAAUAUAAAUAUGAAUAAAAUAUUAGAC